UAACUUUUGUUAAAAUUAUUUUCUGAAAUUACCGUUAAAUAUCGCUAUAUAUAAGUAUAAAAGGUAAUGUUUGAGGUUACGUUAAUAAUUAUUACUCGAAUCAAAAAAUGUUUCAAAUAAUAUUUGUUAAGAAUUUAAUAAGAAAUAACUUUUAUUCAAAUGAUUUUCUGAAAUUCCCGAUAUAUAUCGCUAUAUACAAGUAUACAAAGUAACAUUUGAGGUUAUGUUAAUAAUUAUGACACCAAUUAAGAAAUGUUUAAAAUAAUUUGUUUGAGUGUAUUUUUAAUUUUUAAAUAUUCACUUUAUCUGUUAUUAGAUUAAGUUUGAAGUUGAAUUUCCUAUAUAAAUAAUUUAUUUGAAAUAAUGUCAACAAAAAAUAAUUUUAUUUUGAGGUUAUGUUUCAAUUUAACAUCAAAAUUUCAAUUUAGAGGUUAGAUUUGCUUGAAUCGAUUCUGCUAUACACGAAUAUUUUUUUAAUAAGAAGUAUAAAGUAACGUUAUGUUGUAAUUAUCAUAAUUAAUAGUAAUUAGUUACUCAUUUUUUUUGCAGGAAUUAAAUUAUCCUUAAACUCCUAAAUUCUCUUUAAAAAUCGAAAUAAAAAGGAAUAAACGAAGUGGUACGUAGUAUAUUUCAGGGGAAUUUCAGGGCGAACGGAUCGAAUGAGAUCAUAAGGUCAAAUGUCGAAAGUUCGCGAAUCGUGUUUGACCUGCCAAAACAUCUUCAACCUCACUCAACAUUUUUUUUCAAAAUUUUAUUCCAGAGUGAUAUUUUCGAAUAUCUACAUGAAAAAAAAACAAAAAAUCAAAUUGUUUUGUUGACGUUUUUCUUGACACCGAAACGUGACGUAUUCUAAAAGAAUAAAACUCUUAAAAUGUCCGAAAUCGAAUCUUCUUCAAAAGUCUCACCCCGAAAAGACCUAUUUCCACAAAUGGAAUCGGUUCUUCAAGAACACUCAACCGGCAUAAAAGUUUUCGGUUCCGAAGAAGACGAGGUUUUAUGUCUUUAUCAUUACCCUCCCGAGAGUCAUCGAAACGAAGAUAAAUUGAGUACUUCGUCUUUGAACAUCAUCGAAAAAUUAAAAAAGCAUACUUCAACUAAUGAUAUUCCUAUCGAUAUUAUUAAUGUUAUGGAUAAAGCUCGGAUUAUUAACGAACGCAAUAAUGGUAUGAAUAAAGAGAAAGUUGAAAGAUUCAAAUUGUUUAGGUCGACGUCUUCGCUUGAUGCAAAAAGGUGCUCAUUAUGUUUUGAGGAGAGAAAUAAACUUUAUAGCACAUCUUAUGCAAGUACAGAAAAAACAUAUUCGAAUGUUAAUUUAGGACAUCCCGCGUAUGUACCAAAAAAUGUACCACUUUUGGUACCGAAAAAUAAUUACGUUCAACAAAUGCAACCGUUAAUUGAAGAUAAAGAAAGAAAUGAUUGCCAACAGUUUCAAAAUUACCAAAAUGAAGCAGUUUUGCAACAACAAGAAUUUGUAAGUUAUCAUCCAAAUCAGUGUUAUGAAAACUUAAUAAAUAGAAAUGUUGGUCAAUCUUCGCCGAUGAUGUCAAAUUAUCAUCAAGAAUAUGUUCAGUCUCCUGGUUGGAAUGGUUGCUAUCAAAAUAAUGUUCAUCAAGUUUAUAAUGCCCCAGCAAUGAUGUAUUCUCAUCCUCCAUUGUUGAAUGCAAAUUAUAACCAAAUGCAACCCCCUGUUGGGUUAUCAUACAAUGGUUUGGUAAGCAAUCAAAACAAUUAUCAUCAAGUAUACGGUUCAUUUGCACCACAAGAAUCACAAGAAAUGAAGAUAAACUAUUAUCAAACUCAACCCGUCAACACAAAUAUUGUUUAUCAAAAUCAUUUAGCCCCUCAAACAAAAUAUGUUGUCCCUCCCUUAUUGUUGAAUGAAGUUAACGAAGUUAAAUCGAAACCUCAAAUACCUCAAGCUCCGAGUGAUGUCUCGGGGAGACGACAUCAUCAAGUUAAAAACGAAAAUAGUGCGUAUAAAUUAAUUAUGAAACCCAUUAAAGAGGAUGUCCCGAUAAAACCUAAAAAGUCUCAUCGAAAUGAUCACAACAAAAUUUAUAGUUAUGAAGAGGUUUAUCACGAAUUACAACCUCCAUCGGAUCAGGAACAACAAAAACAUGGGGAAUAUGACAAGAAUUAUAAUCGUCAUAAAUAUGAGGAGAGAAGAACGAAAAAAAUCGAUAACGAAGAUUCUUCUAAUGAUGAUUAUGAAGUGGAGGUGCCAAAAAAACAUUAUCGUCGUAAUAGAUGUAAAAAAACAAUUUUAGAUGUUGAACCUUCUGAUGAAGAUGAUGUGAAACCCAAAAUUCAUCAUCAUUCAAGAAAGGUAAAGAAUUGUCCUCGUUAUGAAGGUAAUGUUGUGGAUAAUGAUGUUACUCAUGAAGUAGAGGUGCAAAAAGAGCGUUAUCAUCAUGAAGGAAGGAAAGAAAAACGAAAUCAUGCCAGAAAAUCAGAAAAGAUCCAGAACCAAGAAGUUCAGUCACAGAAGCAUCAUCAAAGUAGGAGAAAAAAACACACUGAGAUUCAUUAUGAAUCGAAAAAAGAAAAGAGUCACCUUGAUAUGAGGAAACAAAAAGAGUCAGAAAGAAAAGAUGUUCAAUAUCAUGUUAAAAAAUCAAUUCCAAAAGAUGAAUCUUUUCAUCAUCUUGAAAAUAUUGGAAAACCUUUACCAGAAGCCAUCGAAAUAAAGGUUACAGUUGAUCCAAAAUUUAUACGUCGAAAUAAAAAGCGUAGAAAAUCAAUCCAUUAUAACAAAGACUAUGGGAAAACAAGCAUGAAUAUAAAUCAAGAUCUUUUAGAAACGAAAACUUUUUCGGAUUUGGAAGAAUUUUAUUCAACAAUGGAGGUUCCGCGAAUAAUUCGAAUCGAAACGAAUAAAAAUCUGUAUAAAGAUAUCAACGAGGAAAGAUUGAAAAAUAAUAACGCUCCACUAAUUGGACUUUGGUACCACAAUAAACUUUUCGAAAAAAUCCCAUCUCCAAGAUGUCGAAGGUCGUCUAAGUAUCCAAUUUAUUACAAAGCUUCUCGUUCGCGAACCAAUUAUGUGAGAGAUAAAUUUAAAUGGGAAUCAACAAAUUUAAUACCUAUUUCUUUAAUUAAAUCCCCAUCAUCUGAAGUUUACUCCGAUUUUGAUUGCUCUUCAUUAACCAGCGAAAAUCAGGAAGUUUUAGACGCUGAAGAAUUGGGUACUUUAGAAAAUGAUAAAUAUAUAAGUGACGCUAAACCGGAAAGUGAGAAUGAAAGUGAAGAAGAUGAUGUUGAGAAUGAAAUUGAUGAUGAUGGAGUUGAAGAAGAGGUUGAAGAAGAAGAAGUUGAAGAAGAUGAAAUUGAAGAAAAUGAGGUUGAAGAAGACGAAGUUGAAGAAGGCGAAGUUGAAGAAGAUGAGGUCGAAGAAGAUGAGGUUGAAGAAGAUGAGGUUGAAGAAGAUGAAGUUGAAGAUGAUGAAAUUGAAGAUGACGAAAUUUCACAUAGCGCGGUUUACGGUUCUCGAUCAAAAAAAGUUUCUAAACUUAAAGUAACUUUUGCUAAAAGUUUAGAAAUUGCAGAUACACGAUCGAUAAAUGAAGAAAUUGAUGAUGAAGUCGAAGAAGAUUCUGUUAAAGCUGUUUCCGAUGUUGAGGAAGUCGUUGAAGAUGUUAAAAUCGAUCGAGUUUCGCAACAGUGUAAUGUUACUGAAAGUGUUCAACUUGAAAAAAUUAAAAAAACUAAAAACCACCGAGUUACAGAAAUGGUUCAAAAAUUUGAAUCAAACAUAUCAAAAAAAAAUAAUGUUAAAAAAGUAAAAGAAAUACAUGGUAAUCCACAUAAGCACAGAGAACAACCACCGAAAAAACAUAAAUUUGUUGAAAAAUAUGAUGUUAAUUGUGACACUAUUCAGUCAAGUUCAUCGUUAUAUGACAUUGAAUCAUUACCAACUGAUAUAAACUUACAACAGGUGCCAACACCAGAAAAUAAAAACGUCGUUUACACACCAGAAAGUUUUAAACAAACUAUAAGACAAUACGUUAUAACAAUAUAUGAAUUGCAAAAUGCAUCAGAAGAAAUGAUAGACGCCAAAUAUGAAGAGUUUAAAAAUGCGUGUUAUCAAAUGGGGUACGGUCAUUAUUUUGAAACGUAUCAAAUUCCCGAUAUUAAACAAGAACCAGAAGACAAUUUAAAACCACAAGAAUAUUUAACACAGGCAAAUGUUAAUCAAGAACAAUAUUUAAAAUCGGAAGGAUAUUUAGGAGAAGAUGAAAAUUUGAGGCAAGAAAAUUUGACACAAGAUAAUUUGAGACAAGAUUAUUUGUUGCAAGAAGAAAUUUUAAAACAAGAAGUACAUUCAAAAGAUUUAAAUUUAAAUACGGAUGAAAAUCAAACACAAGUGGUACCAACAAAACCUACAAAACUGAGAGUAAAAAAAUCACGAAAAUCAUCAAAACCUGUUCAAAAAUGUGGUGUUCAAGAACGUGGUCAACGUAUUUGUAAUCAAUCAACAAAUUUAGGAUAAAUAAAAUAUUAAAAAAAUAAUAAAUAAAAUAAAACAUCUUUUAUCAAUUA